UACAAGCGGAAGUCCCCAGAAUCCCCGCGUAGGGACGCCCCCCUGGCCGUCGAAUCAUACAGUUCUUUGAAGACAUUGUACGGCCAACACAUGUUCACCGCUUUCAUGUGGUCCGCGGCAAAGACGAUGGGGAAGCCGAUGAAAGACGGGGCAGAUGUACGACCCACUGAGAAAGACGGUGUGAGUGGCGAUUCGGCGUGGAAGUCGUUUGCAUUGCACAAUGCCCAGCUUUCCAAAAUGGUCCAAGACAUCCAAAACACCGGGCUUGGAAGUCUGGAAGAUGUCUACCUAUGCGUCAUUCCACCACUGAGCAUGGAGAACAGACUACCACGAGCCGAUGCCAUCAUCGAAUGGGCGCGUGCAAAGGCGAAGCCACACGAGCUGUUGGGGCGCUGGAAGAAGGCUGGGGAUGCAUACCUGUGGCUUUUCCGAAACGCGAAGACGUUCCCAGGGCAAGACGACAUUACCACCAAGGCCACUGCCCUCUUAAUGGAAUAUCUGAGGGCUGUCACCAAUGCGAUCGGGCUAAGGAAAGCCCAACUGUUUGAGGAGAAUGACAUCCAGGACCUAGAGGAGUUGAAGACCGACAUUUUGAAGGAGCUGCAAGGGGGCAGUGUAAAAGAUGUGUUAAGGGGCAUUAUGGGGUUGUACGACAUGCAGGGCCGUUCUUGGGUAUGUGAGUUGGUUGAAGACUCCAAUCCUCCAAAAGGCAAAGACACGGUCCUCAAGUUCACAGAACUUCACAUGGCGGCGGCUCAACACGACAGAUGGUGGGAUAUUGAAGGAGCGAUCAAGGAAAGCAAUGACAUCCGUGGGCAAACACCAUUACAUUAUGCUGCUUGCCGGCAAGACGGCGCUUCGAUCAUACACGAUCUCCUACGGAAAGGCGCGGAGAUCAACAUACGAGAUGUCGAUGGAAUAGCGCCAUUACACAAUGCAGC